AUGCAAGUGAUCAGUCUCCUUGGCAUGAAGCUGGCUGUUGCUGAAUCCAGAGUUUGCCUGAUCCGCUGCAAGUCGCCGAAAGAGCUUGGUCAAGAAGACAAGUCACCUCUGCUCUCACUGCUACAACAGCAACUAGUAUCACUUCGAUACUUCAAGCGCCGAGGCCGAUGUAAUGGCUGCGGUAUGGGUUGCGCUUUGGAAGCCCUCCAAGCGUUCCUGUCGUAUUCAUUAGAGAGUGCGAGCACUGAAGGGGGUGGCCAUCAGCUCGCCGCGGAUGCAGAGCUCAACGAUUCGGCUGCUGAGUCGGCAGCACUCCUUGCAUUGGACGUUCUCUCCUCGACACAUAACUAUAUGAACAUUGAGUUUCGAUCCCUCAGGACACUGGGCUCUUGA